AUGGAGCUUUCUGAUCUAACUAAUGGCAAAAGCAACAAACCGAAGAACCCACCAAAACGUUUCGUGAAGAACCAAAUCCCUGAAUCAAUCCUCGGUGAUGCAUCUCUCAACGCUGCAAUCUCACUGUUGCCUUCGAUUUACCAGUUUGAGGUACAUAAAUGCGUUUGGAGGAUCAAAUCAUCAAACGCUAAACGCAUUGCUUUGCAGCUCCCUGAAGGUCUUCUUAUGUAUGCUCUAACACUCUCUGACAUUUUCACAUCUUUUGCUGGAGCUUCUCACUGUUUUGUCCUCGGUGAUGUUACUUAUGGAGCUUGUUGUGUUGAUGAUUUCUCGGCUUGUGCCCUUGGUGCUGACUUGCUUAUUCAUUAUGGACAUAGUUGUCUUGUUCCUAUUGACUCUACAAAAAUCCCUUGCCUUUAUGUCUUUGUCGAGAUCCAGAUCGAUGUGAAAUGUCUGUUGAACACCAUUCAUCUUAAUCUCUCUAGUGAUGCCAAGAACAUAAUUCUUGCGGGUACGAUUCAGUUUACCUCGGCGAUUAGAGCUGUGAAACCGGAGUUAGAGAAGCAAGGGUUUAGUGUUUUGAUCCCUCAGUCUAAACCUUUGUCGGCUGGUGAAGUCCUGGGGUGCACAGCACCUAAGAUUCCGACGGUUGAGAAUCGUGAAGACGCGGUGCUGGUGUUUGUAGCUGACGGGAGAUUUCAUUUAGAAGCAUUCAUGAUAGCUAAUCCGAAGAUAAAGGCGUUUAGGUACGAUCCAUAUCUUGGCAAGUUGUUUUUGGAAGAGUACGAUCACAAGGGAAUGAGAGAGACGAGAAGAAGAGCAAUUGCAAGGGCCAGGGUUGCAAAAACUUGGGGGAUCGUGUUGGGGACAUUGGGAAGGCAAGGAAAUCCCAAGAUUCUCGAGAGGUUAGAGAAGAAAAUGACGGAGAAAGGGAUAGAUAGCACCGUUGUUUUAAUGUCGGAACUUAGCCCCACAAGAGUAGCAUUGUUUGAAGACUCGGUGGAUGCUUGGGUCCAAAUAGCGUGCCCGAGACUUUCGAUUGAUUGGGGUGAAGCUUUUCUUAAGCCGCUUCUGACAACUUUCGAGGCUGAGAUUGCUCUAGGAUUCAUCCGUGGUUGGUGGGAGAAUGGUUCUUCGAACAGAGCAGAUUCUUCCUCUGUCUGUUGCAAAGAGGACAAAGAAACAAGCUGUGCGUGUGGAAAUGCAAACGUGGAAGCUGAUAAGAAAGACGAUGAUGGGGUACUCGAUGGAGACUAUCCAAUGGAUUAUUAUGCACAAGAAGGUGGAGAAUGGAACUCUUCAUAUCUCAAGAAGUCAUCUCGUCCCAUUCGAAAAAACCCUUUACCUUCUUCUAUAGUUUAG